AUGCGGCGCCAGCUGGAACCCCGCAGCCCCGCCGCGCUCCUGCACCCGCCGGCCGGCCGCGCGGCGCCGGCCAAGCGCCUCCUCCUGCACGACGGCGCCGAGGAAGCGCCCCCCGCCGCCGCCGCCGCCGCCGCCGCCAAGUGCGCUCGCCUCUCCGCCGAGUGCUCGGACGGCCUCAGCGCGCCGGCCUCGCCGCUCGGCCCGCCCGCCGGCGCCGGGAGCGGCAGCGCGCCGGGCCCCAGCCUGCUCGCCGGCUACCUGCUGCUCCCCCUGCCCGAGCGGGAGCACGCCUCGCGCGCCCUCGACGCCCACACCGGCCGGGAGCUGCGCUGCAAGGUCUUCCCCCUGAAACACUACCAGGACAAAAUCCGGCCUUACAUCCAGCUCCCCUCGCACAGGAACAUCACCGGCAUCGUGGAAGUGAUCCUCGGGGACACCAAAGCGUACGUCUUCUUCGACAAGGACUUUGGCGACAUGCAUUCCUACGUCCGGAGCUGCAAGCGUCUGCCGGAGCAGCAGGCUGCCCGGCUCUUCAAGCAGAUCGUCUCGGCGGUGGCUCACUGCCACCAGUCGGCCAUCGUGCUGGGGGACCUAAAGCUCAGGAAGUUUGUUUUUUCAAGUGAAGAAAGGACGCAGCUGAGACUGGAAAGUUUGGAAGAUACCCACAUCAUCAAGGGGGAAGACGACGCCUUGUCGGACAAACACGGCUGCCCGGCGUACGUCAGUCCAGAGAUCCUGAACACAACUGGGACCUAUUCCGGCAAGUCGGCCGACGUUUGGAGUUUAGGCGUAAUGCUGUACACCCUCUUGGUGGGACGCUACCCCUUUCACGACUCGGACCCUAGCGCCCUGUUUUCCAAAAUCCGCCGCGGACAGUUCUGCAUCCCUGACCACGUCUCUCCUAAAGCCAGGUGUCUCAUCCGCAGCCUGCUGAGGCGAGACCCCUCCGAAAGACUCGCCGCUCCUGAAAUUUUGCUCCAUCCUUGGUUUGACGCUGUUUUGGAGGCUGGAUAUGUUGACCAGGACACGGGAGCCUCUGAUCAGAUCGUUCCGGAGAACUCUCGAGUGGACGAUGAUAUGAGUUCCUUUUUCUGCUAG